AUGGGACCCGUGACCGACAACGAAAUCAUACGGAAGCGUCUCCUAAUUGAUGGAGAGGGCGCUGGAGAUGAUCGGAGAAUUAAUCUGCUAGUGAAAAGUUUCAUUAAAUGGUGCAACUCUGGAUCCCAGGAAGAGGAAUACAGCCAGUACCAAUGUAUGCUGAGCACACUGUCCCAAUGUGAAUUUUCAAUGGGCAAAACUUUGCUGGUAUAUAAUAUGAAUCUCAGAGAAAUGGCAAAUUAUGAAAAAAUUUACAAAGAAACAGAAUGUAGCAUUGCUGGAGCACGUAAAAAAAUUGCUGAGUGCAAAAAGCAAAUUCUUCAAGCAAAACGAAUACGAAAAAAUCACCAAGAAUAUGAUGCAUUGGCAAAAGUGAUCCACCGUCUUCCAAGCAGACGUGAGACAUUAAAGAAACUAGAGGCUCUGGGAAAAGAAUUAGAGCAUCUUUCACAUAUUAAAGAAAGUGUUGAAUAUACGCUGGAAUUGAGAAAGAAACAGUUUUACGUUCUUCUUAGUAUCCUCCAUGAACUUAAGCAAACACUGGACAAUGAUGAAAAGCUCUCAAAGGUAGAAGCAGCUCAAGAAAAAAGCAUGAAAACUGAUCCUAAACCAUAGACCAACUAACCACUCACCAUUCCCAAGAAUAUUGAAGUAGCACCAUGAUCUUAGAGUCAUUUUCAAGAGUCUUGCAAAAAGGAUUUCAUGAUCUUUUUUAAAAAUUAAACUAAAUCUGAAUCACUUGUAAUUGUCUUAAGUAUUGAAUUACAUGUCUAAUACUUGUUAGGUUCCAUCCUUAUCCAUUUAUUUUAGUUCAGAAACAUGGCACUUUGCAUGAAUCAUACCUUAAUAAUGUUACAUUUUUGUAAUUUUAAUACAAACUCGUAUCUU